ACCCUAUGAAUGUAAGGAAUGUGGGAAAGCCUUCAGAUCUAUGAAGAACCUUCAAAGUCAUGAAAGGACACAAACACACAUAAGAAUACACUCUGGAGAAAGACCUUAUAAAUGUAAGAUAUGUGGGAAAGGCUUUUAUUGUCCCAAAUCAUUUCAAAGACAUGAAAAAACUCACACUGGAGAGAAACUCUAUGAAUGCAAGCAAUGUGGUGAAGCCUUCAGUAGUUCCAGUUCCUUUCGAUAUCAUGAAAGGACUCACACUGGAGAGAAACCCUAUAAAUGCAAGCAAUGUGGGAAAGCCUUCAGAGCUGCCUCAGUCCUUCGAAUGCAUGGUAGGACUCAUCCUGAAGAUAAACCCUAUGAGUGUAACCAAUGAGGGAAAGCCUUCAGAUUUGCCUCACACUUUUGAGUGUGUGGUAGGAGACACAACAGAGAGAAACCCUAUGAAUGUAAGGAAUGUGGGAUACCCUUCAGAUCUGCCAAGAACCUUCGAAUUCCUGAAAGGACACAAGCAUACAUAAGAACGCACACUGGAUGGCUGAACAAAAGGCAGCAGAAACUUCUGCAGACUUAAACAUCCCUGUCUGACAGCUUUAAAGAGAGUAGUGGUCCUCCCAGCACAGAGUUUGAGAUCUGAGAACGGACAGUCUGCUUCCUCCAGUGGGUCCCUGAGCCCCGAGUAGCCUAACUGGGAAGCACCUCCCAGUGGGGGCCGACUGACACCUCAUACGGCUGGGUGCCCCUUUGUGACAAAGCUUCCAGAGGAAGGAUCCGGGAGUAACAUUUGCUGUUCUGCAAUAUUUGCUGUUCUGCAACCUCUGCUGGUGAUACCCAGGCAAACAGGGUCUGGAGUGGACCUCCAGCAAACUCCAACAGACCUCAGCUGAGGGUCCUGACUGUUAAAAGGAAAACUAACAGAAAGGACAUCCACACCAAAACCCAUCUGUACAUCACCAUUGUCAAGGACCAAAGGUAGAUAAAACCACAAAGAUGGGGAGAAACCAGAGCAGAAAAGCUGAAAAUUCUAAACAUCAGAGCACCUCUUCUCCUCCAAAGGAACGCAGCUCCUCACCAGCAAUGGAACAAAGCUGGAUGGAGAAUAACUUUGAUGAGUUGAGAGAAGAAGGCUUCAGACGACCGGUAAUAACAAACUUCUCCAAGCUAAAGGAGGAUGUUCGAACCCAUUGCAAAGAAGCUAAAAACCUUGAAAAAAGAUUAGAUGAAUGGCUAACUAGAAUAAACAGCAUAGAGAAGACUUUAAAUGACCUGAUGGAGCUGAAAACCAUGGCAUGAGAACUAUGUGACACAUGCACAAGCUUCAGUGACCAAUUCGAUCAAGUGGAAGAAAGGGUAUCAGUGAAGAUCAAAUGAAUGAAAUGAAGCGAGAAGAGAAGU